AUGUCUAAACUGAAGCACACUCAGGGAGGACGAGGAUCAGAGCAGGGAGAACUGGUUUAUUAUAUUAAUGAUAAAGUGAUGGAGUUCCUGCUGGAGCUGAUGGGGCUUCUGGUUCUGAUGACCACAGCUGCUUCUGGACUGAGAGCAGGCGACUUCACAGUGUUUCAGAAAGCCACUCAGCUGCAGGUCUCAUGCAGAGUGGACGCAGCGACGCUGAGGAUGAUGAGGAACCCUCGCUGUGGAGAGGAAGAUUCCUUCAGGUUCCACACAUACAGAGUCCUGGGACACUGGCGUAAGAAGAUGCUGACGUACCGGAUCUUAAACUUCACCCCGGACCUCGGGCAGGGGAAGACUCGGCAGGCGAUCAGCGCUGCGUUCAGGUACUGGAGCGACGUCUCCCCGCUGAAGUUCAGAGAGACGCAGACAGGAAGAGCCGAGAUCUCCUUCCACCGGAAAGACAAGAGCUGCCCUGUGCCCUUCGAUGGGAGAGCGUUGGGUCUGGGUCACUCGCAGCACUACAGCGCUGUGAUGGGCCCGGUCUACAGCGGGUACCGGGCCCACUUCAAACUGCACCCCGACGACAUCCAGGGCAUCCAGGCUCUGUACGGGAAGCCGGAGAAGCCCCCUCCUCUCAAAAAGACUCCUUCGGUACCGGGGGCCGCUCCGGACCCCUGCGGUUCUCCUGUGGAUGCUGUGAUGUUGGGCCCCCAGCAGAAGACCUUUGUGUUCAGGGGGGGCUUCGUGUGGACGGUCUCCAGCUCCGGCCUCGACCCCCCCCCCCCGCCUGACCCCUGGAGGGAGCUGCCGGGGGGGCUGAGUGCCGCCGUGACCUCACAGAGGAGCGGGAAGACAUACUUCCUCAAAGAUAAUCGAGUCUGGAGGUACUCAGGCUUCAAACUGGACUUCCCCAGAAAGCUGUCCAACAUCCCGGCAAACAUCGACGCUGCCUUCUACCUCAGCAAGAAACUCAUCUUUAUCAAAGGCUCAGGAUACUGGCAGUGGGAUGAAACCAGCACCUCCGGCUUCUCCUCGUACCCCCGGCCGUUGUCCCAUCUGUUCCCCGGCGGCCCCCUCGCCUCCUCCGACGCGAACAUCUUUCUGUUCAAAGGCUCGCAGGUCUGGAGCGUGAAGCUGCAGAAACACGUGGAGAAACCUCGAAUUCUCGCAGCCGAUUGGCUGAAGUGUGACGACUGAAACACACCUCAUCACACACAGAGAGAGAUUUGAUCAAUGUGUGAGGAAGAAAAGGAUUGUUUUAAGUCUGCAGCAAAUCAACACUGUACAUUUUGGUGUGACGAGUCCCUUUGUCAAUAUUAUUUUAAAAAGGCCCUGCUUGUUGUUUUUUGAG